UACAUCUUGGAUGCACUGGGGGUAAGCAGAUACACAUCAAAUUUUCAUUUUUAGCUUGUAUGUUUUUUCCUAGGGGAGAAUGAUAGUGGUAGUAUUGAUGGUAGUUUUAGUUUGUAGUAGUUAGAGCUCUUGUGUUCAUAUAUUAGCAGUAGAAUUGAUGCAGUUGCACAAUAGUUUUGACUGGACAAGUGUUUAUGCAAAAUUAGGAACAGACACAGUGACAAAAGACAUCACCAUGCAUCACCACAAACACUGCAGUUUGAAACUGGAUAACAAUUGUCUGAUGUUCCACUUAAUCGAGUUCCUGAUCAACAAAACGGUAGCAGUGGUGCCACAAACGUGGUGCAGAGAUGGAGUUGUCUAUUGGCCAAACUACCGAAAUGAUGAAAGAGUAAACAGGGCAGUGAAAAAUUCGGAGGAGCCGGGACCUGACUGGAAAACAUAUGAUGUCAGAGUUAUUAAAACAUGUGAUGACUACUUUGAGGCACAACGACUCUUAAAGAAAUCUCUGAUGUGUAACACAUCAGAUCUACAGUCUGAAGAGGAAGAGGAGGAGAUAAGACCAAAAAGAAGGCCAAAGCCAAUUCAUUUCUUUGGAGACACAGAUAAUGACAGUGAGGAAGAAGGUCAUCCUCAUAAAAAGAGAGCCAGGGGUCCAGCCAAACUCUUAACCGAACCACCAGCUCCUGUUAUCUCGCCACCAGCUCCUGUUAUAUCAACACCACCUUUUAUCCCAAGUAGCAGCACACCUGCUCCUCUUCCACCCACUUCACCACCACCUCACUGUGCACAGAGACCAGCAGAAGAGCAAACCCCUUCUACAAGAAAGGUCUACAGACCAACCUGGCGGGGGGGAAGAUGUGGAUCAGACAGUAUCACCUGCUCUGCUGCAGAAGUUCACAUUAUGAGUUUAUUGGAAUUAAUAAAACAUCAGCAGGAGCAAAUAAUUGCUAAAGUAAAUUAUUUGAUGAGCAAGGUGAGCCCAGCAGGCCAAGACAUGGAAAUGCCUGACAACCCAGUAGAUUUUCCAUUAACAUCAAUGGAGGAAGUGGAGAAUUUUGAGGAGUGGCUCAGAAAUCCCGCAAAUAAUCAAAUUAAGUUGAGCGUGAUUUCUUCCCUUGCAACUGUUGGGGGCCAUGAUACAAAACGUGUCACAUGGAACAUCCUUUCCCGCAUGUUCUGUGAUGAUGUUGGGAGGAGGAUUAACUGGAAGGGCGUGAAUGGUAAAAAGGCGUUCAACCAAAUGGAGUCCAAGAAGUUCCUCCUGUGUGCAGUGAGAAAAAGCCAUGCAUCACGUGCCGCCACUGAUGACGAAAUUACAAAGCACACAAUUCGGUGGUUCAACCUGGCAGCUGAUAGGGGAAGCUCCAGGAACCGCCCCACUGUGAGCACCCAACAAUAGAGUUUUUCCAGAAUUUCAUUGUUUACUUCAGUUUUGAAGUGUUUAUUUAAAGUUGCAACAGUUACAAUAAAAUUAAAGUACAAGAUUACUAUUUUAAAUAAAUGUUUUUUUUUUAUUGUUUUUGUUUCUAUUCAAAUAUGUUUC